AUGCCCGUGGUCUUCGUGAGCGCAGGCUGUCUGGAAGGCACCGUGAAAGAGAAGCCACCUCAAACCGAACCCGUUCUUUCAGUCUCCUCGUCAUCGCCACCGUCUCCAGGCCCAGCCGCUACCGCUGCUCUCGCAAAAAUGACGAUCCGCAGCCCAUCACCAACGCUUUCUGCGGCUUCGGCCUCUUCAGGUGCAUCGGGUGAAGAACUCAUCGUUUUCAGAGGACGUGGACACACGCCACUCACCCAACCGCCGUCCCUUCCCACGAAAGCCGAUAGUGCUCUUUCCGUUUCUGCCCACACUACCAAUUCCAUGUCGCAGCCGGACCCACGAUGCCCAAGCACUACGAAGGCCACUCUUUCCGCCACCGCCACCGCCACUCGAUUCACCAUCAGCACCUCGGACGCACACGCACACGCUGCCAUGCAUGCCGAUGCAGCCAUGGCGUCUAUGGAGGUGCAGCCGAGCAUUGCACCUGGGUCGGUUGCUGCAGCAAGGACCAUCGAUUCUACAGACCUUUCUCCAUCCCACGGGCAGUCUCAAUCUCACUCCCAAUCUGACAUUGCUUCGGACACCAACAGUCUCGUCGACUCUCACUUCGAGAAGCGGCGCGGUGGACGGGCCCGCUGGGAGGGCAAAGCUACAGAGUGGGUGUCCAGGAGCAAGCCAGGUAUUGGCUGGUUGCCUGUCAAAGACCGCCCUAAAAUGGACGACUUUGUAAACGGCGAGGUCGAUCCUCGCGAGGCGGCAAUGGAUGACUACGCCCAGAACGCUGAAGCCUUUGGCCUUACUAGCGAGAUGUUUGGCUUCGCCGCAGGCCGUGAGUUGGAUUUGGAUGCUGGAAGCCAUAAUGAUUGGGAUUCGGAGGAAGAGCUUGAGGUGCCCCCAGACCUGGAACAAGAUGAGGAUGACGGCUGGACUUCAGAUCAGGCUCGCGACCUUGAUGUUCUGAGCACUUCAGAUGAUGUUGAAGGCAUUGUAGCUCGUAUAACCGGUCGACGCACUCGGUCGCAUGGCGUUCAAUAUCAGGUUGUCUACGAGGGGUGUACCAGAGAUGAUGCUCGGUGGCUACCGGUCGCUUACUUGACCACGCCGUCCGACAAGGUCCUUAUUAAGGCGUACGAAACCAAGCGCUUGGCUCUUGAGCAGCAACAACAAGCGUCUAGCAGUUCCGACACCGGUAGCGAGUUCGAUUUCAACAUUGAUGGUGACUCGGGUGAAGAACAGGAGGACUUGGACGACGAACAGCUCGCACGGGCGCUCCAGAGGCAAGAAGAAUUGGGUAUUGACGAUGAUGACCUCGUCUUAUAUGGCGCGGAUGAGUACUUCAAUGGCCAAGUCGGCACCGCCUCUAACGCUUCUCGAGCGACUGUCGACCGUCCGAACAAAAGGAGGCAGCAGCGAGCUGGUGGCGGCCGACGUGCCGACCCUGUCUUUCCUUCAGCUUCAGCGCUGGCUGAUGCGCUCGAUAUGGAUUCCUACAGCGGCUUCGACAUCAUGGACACAGAACGUCCUUCCUUGCGUCCUAGGAAGAAAGGUCGCCGAGGCCAGAUGGCGCCAGAACUUGACGAUCUCGAUCUGAAUGAACAACUGCAGGCAUCGUGGGAAGCCGAUCGACGGAAGAAGCGACUGAAGAAGGCCGAGCGAGAGGAGCUUCGUAAGCAAGGCUUGUUGGGUAGGAACGUCAAAGCUCCAAACCUUGUUGUCAAAUACAAGGACGGCUUCGUUAUGGAGGAAGUUAUAGAGGAAAUUCGCGAUUUCUGGGCGACGGAUAUGGCCACCCUCUCCUUACCCGCUAUGGAAGCUCAACGACGCGCAGUCAUCCAUCAGUUUGUGGGCGAAUUUGGCAUCAGUUCCAAGUCGCAAGGUGAUGGAACUAAGCGCCAUACGAUACUUUCUAAGACCGUCCGUACGCUUAGGUUUGACGACGAUCUCUUCGACAGGACCUUGGCGCAGAAGAAGUAUACUCGGCGUCUGCAUGCCGGUAACAACUACCCUCCGCAGAAGAAGAAAGAGAAGGGGACAAAGAACCGUCCAACGGUAUCUUACAAAGAUGGUGAAGUUGUAGGCGCGAAGGCGCCAGAGCUGGGGGUCGAAAACAGAGGCCGCGCUAUGCUCGAAAAGAUGGGCUGGAGCAAAGGUAUGGCUCUUGGAGCGACAGAUAACAAGGGCAUACUGCAGCCUAUCACGCACACUGUGAAGAUUACGAAGGCCGGACUGCGGUAG